AAUGUAAGGACACCGAUGCCUUAUCUUACAGAGAUAACACUGUUCAACGUUACUGGCGUAUAAUUCCAUUACGUCUCACCCGGUUCUCUCUGUUUUCUUAUAUGAUGUUUUAUAUUAUUUUUUCUGCAAUCUCGCUGCUUUGCUUGGCCCACACAGCGGUCGCCGAAUGUCCGGACGGAUGGACCAAGUACGACUCAUCGUGCUACGCUCUGUACCAAGGCAAGACUGAGUGGAUUGACGCGGGGUCCUAUUGCCGUGAAUUCGGGGGCAACCUUGCAACGUUGAACACAACGGACAAAGUGAAGAAUGUCAAAGCCUUCCUGAAUUAUGUAAAUCAUAAAGCCAGUGCCUGGGUUGGUGGGACUGACCUGAGGUCAGAGGGCUUGUGGGUCUGGGACAUCGACCAGGGCAGCUUCACAAACACCGACUGGGCCUCAGGGCAACCAGACUCAACGACUUCCGAAAACUGUCUCCUGUUGUUUCAACCAAGUAGCUUCAAAUGGCACGACGCUACAUGUACUGGCAAAUACGACUACAUCUGCGAGAGAAGGUCGACCAGUUCCGUUUAAAAACCACUUCCAAGAAACAGAAUAAAUUGGGUGCACAUUGA